AUGUCUUCUAAAUUAGUCCCUUCCAACCCAAGCGAUGUGGCCGUCAUUCGGAAUAUUACGCCAAAUAUCGUGACCGUCUCUGUACCAUUCGCACGAGUCGGCAUCUUCCGCGUCGGUGGUCGCGGCACCAUAAUACGCCUCACAUCCGGUACCCUAGCAGUCUACUCCCCCGUAGCCUUAACCCCCGAGACGCAAGCCAAAGUCGCCGAGCUAGGCGGCCGCGUCGGGUACAUCAUCGCGGGGGAUAUAGAGCAUCACAUCUUCCUAUCCGAGUGGGCGCGCGCAUAUCCCGACGCCAAACUUCUCGGACCCAAGGGCUUACAGGAGAAGCGCGAAAAAGUACAGGAUGACGCCCGCAUCGGGCACGAACCCUUUGCUCUCACAUGGGACGCGUCGAAUCGGCGCGACGUCGCUGGCGUCAGCGACGAGUUCGCAGCGGACUUCGAGGUCGAGUUUGUAGACGCGCACCCGAACAAGGAGGUCGUGCUAUUCUACAAGCCAGACCGCGCGCUGAUACAAGCGGACUUGCUAUUCAACCUACCUGCUAUCGAGCAGUACUCACGGGUUCCCGAGGCCGAGAAGAGUUCGCACGGCUUAUUAAACCGGAUAUUCCUAUCUAUUAACAGCACGGCGGGGGAAGCAAAGGGGCUGAAGCGGUUCCUGUGGUACGUGCUUAGCAACGCGGGGGGAGAUCGUGCGGGCUUCAACGAGAGCGUGCGGAAGAUCGACGCGUGGGAAGCCGAGAUCAUUGUGCCGUGCCACGGGGAGACUGUGGAGAAGAAUGGCGGGGAGCUGUUUAGGAAGGUGUUCGACUGGCAUCUGCAAGGUCAUAAGUGA